AUGGUAUCUAGUACAUUAGACGUUGAUACAGUGACUACUUCAUCCAACAAAAAUGAAGCAUACCAAGCUCUAGAGCCUGAAGGAUGGACACCAAAAGUCACAGACACUAAUCCAGUUGUCACUUUGUCAUGGGAAGAACCUUAUUCAAUAAUGGAUGUACAACCAGAUGAGAAAGUAGUAGAAGUAAUGUUACCAAAUAUUAAGAAGGACAUAGUUCCGGGUAACAAAAUUGAAUUGAAAAUAACACCUGUAUCAUCAGAUAAAACGCCUGUAGUGAAAAAUGUGAACGUGAAAGUCUGCAGGAAAGAGACAACUACAGCUAUUACUAUGGUCGAAACUUCGGCAACGACGCCAAAAAGUACAGUGAAAACAACAGUUAAAGGUACCACACCGAUAACCUCGGAAUCAAUAACUUCCACCACACCAGCCACAAUUUCAAUGACGCCACACAUUUCAUCUACAACUACAUUGAAAACAACAGCGAGAGGUACAACAUCAAUUACUUCGGAAUCAAUAACCUCAACCACAGCAGCGACAGUUUCCAUGACGCCACAUGUUACAUCAACUACUUCACGAACAACUACUGCUAUUACUACACCAGGCCCUACCACACCAUCGACAAAAACAACUGGAACCAGUGCCAUAACAAGUGGUAGCAGUAUCAUAUCCACACAACCAAGCGUUACCAGUCUCAUAUCGACGCAACCAAGUGUUAGCAGCGCUAUAUCGACACAACCUAGUGCAAGCACUUACACUACAACACCAUCGCCAACUACAGAAACAAGUGUCAUAACAAUUGAAACAUCACCAAGUGUUUCUUCAACAACAACUGUUUUGACAACAACAGAGUGCAUUAAAGUCAUGUUGGAUGGUUCACAACCAACUGAUGUAACGGUGGAUAGUUCUUCUAAUGCUCCAGGGGCUGUGGCAUCAGAUUCACAGAAACCAAAAGGAUGGACUCCAGCUGAUACAGACAAAAACCCUAAACUAAUCUUUAAGUUAAACGAUGAAGAUGAUACAUCCGAAUUGUUUUCCAUAUCUUUGGAUGAAACCAAUGUUGAUUCUGGAACAGUUAUUAUUAGACAGGAUACAACUGUUAUUGAUAGAAUACCUAUUGGAACAACUACUGCUAUUACUACACCAGGCCCUACCACACCAUCGACAAAAACAACUGGAACCAGUGCCAUAACAAGUGGUAGCAGUAUCAUAUCCACACAACCAAGCGGUACCAGUCUCAUAUCGACGCAACCAAGUGUUAGCAGCGCUAUAUCGACACAACCUAGUGCAAGCACUUACACUACAACACCAUCGCCAACUACAGAAACAAGUGUCAUAACAAUUGAAACAUCACCAAGUGUUUCUUCAACAACGACUGUUUUGACAACAACAGAGUGCAUUAAAGUCAUGUUGGAUGGUUCACAACCAACUGAUGUAACGGUGGAUAGUUCUUCUAAUGCUCCAGGGGCUGUGGCAUCAGAUUCACAGAAACCAAAAGGAUGGACUCCAGCUGAUACAGACAAAAACCCUAAACUAAUCUUUAAGUUAAACGAUGAAGAUGAUACAUCCGAAUUGUUUUCCAUAUCUUUGGAUGAAACCAAUGUUGAUUCUGGAACAGUUAUUAUUAGACAAGAUACAACUGUUAUUGAUAGAAUACCUGUAAGAACAACUACUGCUAUUGGUACACCAGGCCCUACCACACCAUCGACAAAAACAACUGGAACCAGUGCCAUAACAAGUGGUAGCAGUAUCAUAUCCACACAACCAAGCGGUACCAGUCUCAUAUCGACGCAACCAAGUGUUAGCAGCGCUAUUUCGACACAACCUAGUGCAAGCACUUACACUACAACACCAUCGCCAACUACAGAAACAAGUGUCAUAACAAUUGAAACAUCACCAAGUGUUUCUUCAACAACAACUGUUUUGACAACAACAGAGUGUAUUAAAGUCAUGUUGGAUGGUUCACAACCAACUGAUGUAACGGUGGAUAGUUCUUCUAAUGCUCCAGGGGCUGUGGCAUCAGAUUCACAGAAACCAAAAGGAUGGACUCCAGCUGAUACAGACAAAAACCCUAAACUAAUCUUUAAGUUAAACGAUGAAGAUGAUACAUCAGAUUUGUUUUCCAUAUCUUUGGAUGAAACCAAUGUUGAUUCAGGAACAGUUAUUAUUAGACAGGAUACAACUGUAAUUGAUAGAAUACCUAUUGGAACAACUACUGCUAUUACUACACCAGGCCCUACCACACCAUCGACAAAAACAACUGGAACCAGUGCCAUAACAAGUGGUAGCAGUAUCAUAUCCACACAACCAAGCGGUACCAGUCUCAUAUCGACGCAACCAAGUGUUAGCAGCGCUUUUUCGACACAACCUAGUGCAAGCACUUACACUACAACACCAUCGCCAACUACAGAAACAAGUGUCAUAACAAUUGAAACAUCACCAAGUGUUUCUUCAACAACAACUGUUUUGACAACAACAGAGUGCAUUAAAGUCAUGUUGGAUGGUUCACAACCAACUGAUGUAACGGUGGAUAGUUCUUCUAAUGCUCCAGGGGCUGUGGCAUCAGAUUCACAGAAACCAAAAGGAUGGACUCCAGCUGAUACAGACAAAAACCCUAAACUAAUCUUUAAGUUAAACGAUGAAGAUGAUACAUCCGAAUUGUUUUCCAUAUCUUUGGAUGAAACCAAUGUUGAUUCUGGAACAGUUAUUAUUAGACAGGAUACAACUGUUAUUGAUAGAAUACCUGUUAGAACAACUACUGCUAUUGGUACACCAGGCCCUACCACACCAUCGACAAAAACAACUGGAACCAGUGCCAUAACAAGUGGUAGCAGUAUCAUAUCCACACAACCAAGCGGUACCAGUCUCAUAUCGACGCAACCAAGUGUUAGCAGCGCUAUAUCGACACAACCUAGUGCAAGCACUUACACUACAACACCAUCGCCAACUACAGAAACAAGUGUCAUAACAAUUGAAACAUCACCAAGUGUUUCUUCAACAACAACUGUUUUGACAACAACAGAGUGCAUUAAAGUCAUGUUGGAUGGUUCACAACCAACUGAUGUAACGGUGGAUAGUUCUUCUAAUGCUCCAGGGGCUGUGGCAUCAGAUUCACAGAAACCAAAAGGAUGGACUCCAGCUGAUACAGACAAAAACCCUAAACUAAUCUUGAAGUUAAACGAUGAAGAUGAUACAUCCGAAUUGUUUUCCAUAUCUUUGGAUGAAACCAAUGUUGAUUCUGGAACAGUUAUUAUUAGACAAGAUACAACUGUUAUUGAUAGAAUACCUGUAAGAACAACUACUGCUAUUACUACACCAGGCCCUACCACACCAUCGACAAAAACAACUGGAACCAGUGCCAUAACAAGUGGUAGCAGUAUCAUAUCCACACAACCAAGCGGUACCAGUCUCAUAUCGACGCAACCAAGUGUUAGCAGCGCUAUAUCGACACAACCUAGUGCAAGCACUUACACUACAACACCAUCGCCAACUACAGAAACAAGUGUCAUAACAAUUGAAACAUCACCAAGUGUUUCUUCAACAACAACUGUUUUGACAACAACAGAGUGCAUUAAAGUCAUGUUGGAUGGUUCACAACCAACUGAUGUAACGGUGGAUAGUUCUUCUAAUGCUCCAGGGGCUGUGGCAUCAGAUUCACAGAAACCAAAAGGAUGGACUCCAGCUGAUACAGACAAAAACCCUAAACUAAUCUUUAAGUUAAACGAUGAAGAUGAUACAUCCGAAUUAUUUUCCAUGUCUUUGGAUGAAACCAAUGUUGAUUCUGGAACAGUUAUUAUUAGACAGGAUACAACUGUUAUUGAUAGAAUACCUGUAAGAACAACUACUGCUAUUUCUACACCAGGCCCUACCACACCAUCGACAAAAACAACUGGAACCAGUGCCAUAACAAGUGGUAGCAGUAUCAUAUCGACACAACCAAGUGGUACCAGUCUCAUAUCGACACAACCUAGUGCAAGCACUUACACUACAACACCUUCGCCAACUACAGAAACAAGUGUCAUAACAAUUGAAACAUCACCAAGUGUUUCUUCAACAACAACUGUUUUGACAACAACAGAGUGCAUUAAAGUCAUGUUGGAUGGAUCACAACCAACUGAUGUCACUGUAGAUAGUUCUUCCGAUGCUCCAGGAAAUGUGGCAUCAGAUUCACAGAAACCAAAAGGAUGGACUCCAGCUGAUACAGACAAAAACCCUAAACUAAUCUUUAAGUUAAACGAUGAAGAUGAUACAUCAGAACUGUUCUCCAUAUCUUUGGAUGAAACCAAUGUUGAUUCUGGAACAGUUAUUAUUAGACAGGACACCAAUGUAAUAGAUAGAAUACCUGUAAGAACAACUACUGCUAUUACUACACCAGGCCCUACCACACCAUCGACAAAAACAACUGGAACCAGUGCCAUAACAAGUGGUAGCAGUAUCAUAUCGACACAACCAAGUGGUACCAGUCUCAUAUCGACGCAACCAAGUGUUAGCAGCUCUAUAUCGACACAACCUAGUGCAAGCACUUACACUACAACACCAUCGCCAACUACAGAAACAAGUGUCAUAACAAUUGAAACAUCACCAAGUGUUUCUUCAACAACAACUGUUUUGACAACAACAGAGUGCAUUAAAGUCAUGUUGGAUGGAUCACAACCAACUGAUGUCACUGUAGAUAGUUCUUCCGAUGCUCCAGGAAAUGUGGCAUCAGAUUCACAGAAACCAAAAGGAUGGACUCCAGCUGAUACAGACAAAAACCCUAAACUAAUCUUCAAGUUAAACGAUGAAGAUGAUACAUCAGAACUGUUCUCCAUAUCUUUGGAUGAAACCAAUGUUGAUUCUGGAACAGUUAUUAUUAGACAGGACACCAAUGUAAUAGAUAGAAUACCUGUUGAUAAUUUCGACAAUCCUAUCAGUCUAGGCGGAAAACCCGGGAACACCAUCGAAUUAAUUGUAAAACCAGACACUCCUAAUGAGUCACCAACAAUUAGAAAUGUAGUUAUUAAGGCAUGUUUCGAACAGAUUGGAACAACUACUGCUAUUACUACACCAGGCCCUACCACACCAUCGACAAAAACAACUGGAACCAGUGCCAUAACAAGUGGUAGCAGUAUCAUAUCGACACAACCAAGUGGUACCAGUCUCAUAUCGACGCAACCAAGUGUUAGCAGCUCUAUAUCGACACAACCUAGUGCAAGCACUUACACUACAACACCAUCGCCAACUACAGAAACAAGUGUCAUAACAAUUGAAACAUCACCAAGUGUUUCUUCAACAACAACUGUUUUGACAACAACAGAGUGCAUUAAAGUCAUGUUGGAUGGAUCACAACCAACUGAUGUCACUGUAGAUAGUUCUUCCGAUGCUCCAGGAAAUGUGGCAUCAGAUUCACAGAAACCAAAAGGAUGGACUCCAGCUGAUACAGACAAAAACCCUAAACUAAUCUUCAAGUUAAACGAUGAAGAUGAUACAUCAGAACUGUUCUCCAUAUCUUUGGAUGAAACCAAUGUUGAUUCUGGAACAGUUAUUAUUAGACAGGACACCAAUGUAAUAGAUAGAAUACCUGUAAGAACAACUACUGCUAUUACAACACCAGGCCCUACCACACCAUCGACAAAAACAACUGGAACCAGUGCCAUAACAAGUGGUAGCAGUAUCAUAUCGACACAACCAAGUGGUACCAGUCUCAUAUCGACACAACCUAGUGCAAGCACUUACACUACAACACCUUUGCCAACUACAGAAACAAGUGUCAUAACAAUUGAAACAUCACCAAGUGUUUCUUCAACAACAACUGUUUUGACAACAACAGAGUGCAUUAAAGUCAUGUUGGAUGGUUCACAACCAACUGAUGUCACUGUAGAUAGUUCUUCCGAUGCUCCAGGAAAUGUGGCAUCAGAUUCACAGAAACCAAAAGGAUGGACUCCAGCUGAUACAGACAAAAACCCUAAACUAAUCUUUAAGUUAAACGAUGAAGAUGAUACAUCAGAACUGUUCUUCAUAUCUUUAGAUGAAACCAAUGUUAAUUCUGGAACAGUUAUUAUUAGGCAGGACACAAAUGUAAUAGAUAGAAUACCCGUAAGAAUAACUACUGCUAUUACUACACCAGGCCCUACCACACCGUCGACAAAAACAACUGGAACCAGUGCCAUAACAAGUGGUAGCAGUAUCAUAUCGACACAACCAAGUGGUACCAGUCUCAUAUCGACGCAAUCAAGUGUUAGCAGCACUAUAUCGACACAACCUAGUGCAAGCACUUACACUACAACACCAUCGCCAACUACAGAAACAAGUGUCAUAACGAUUGAAACAUCACCAAGUGUUUCUUCAACAACAACUGUUUUAACAACAACAGAGUGUGUUAAAGUCAUGUUGGAUGGAUCACAACCAACGGAUGUCACGGUAGAUAGUUCUUCUAAUGCUCCAGGGGAUGUGGCAUCAGAUUCACAGAAACCAAAAGGAUGGACUCCAGUGGAUACAGACGAAACCCCUAAACUAAUCUUUAAGUUAAACGACCAAGAUGAGACAUCAGAACUGUUCUCCAUAUCUUUGGAUGAAACUAAUGUUGAUUCUGUAACAGUGAUUAUUAGACAGGAUACAAAAGUAAAUGAGUUUGAUCGUCCUGUUAAUCUAAAGGGACAGGCUGGUAACGUUAUUGAACUAAUGAUAAAUCCGGAAAAUAAUCAGUUGUCACCUACUAUCAAAAACGUUGUUAUAAAGGCUUGCUUUGAACCAACGGCUAUAACGACAAUUGCUGCUACUACACCUUUAACCAGCAAAACAACUAUAAGGACAAUUGAAUCUACUGCUGGAUUUUCUACAGCUUCUGAAACUGCUCAGGCUACCACUUUGACAACUGGCACUCCGAUAGUAUCCACUACUUCAGCAACACAACCUAGUGGCAGUACAUCUGCACCUACACUACCAAGUGGAAGUACAUCUGCUGCUACACAGCCAAGUGGAAGUACAUCUGCACCUACACAACCAAGUGAAAGUACAUCUGCUGCGACGCAACCUAGUGCUAGUACAUCUGCUGCUACACAGCCAAGUGGAAGUACAUCUGCAUCUACACAACCAAGUGAAAGUACAUCUGCUGCUACGCAACCUAGUGCUAGUACAUCUGCUGCUACACAACCAAGUGGAAGUACAUCUGCUGCGACGCAACCUAGUGCAAGUACAUCUGCUGUUACACAACCAAGUGGAAGUACAUCUGCACCUACACAACCAAGUGAAAGUACAUCUGCUCCGACGCAACCUAGUGCUAGUACAUCUGCUGCUACACAGCCAAGUGGAAGUACAUCUGCACCUACACAACCAAGUGAAAGUACAUCUGCUGCUACGCAACCUAGAGCUAGUACAUCUGCUGCUACACAACCAAGUGGAAGUACAUCUGCACCUACACAACCAAGUGAAAGUACAUCUGCUGCGACGCAACCUAGUGCAAGUACAUCUGCUGCUACACAACAAAGCAUUAGUACGUUUGUACCUACACUGCCCACUGGAAGUACAUCUGCUGCUACACAAUCAAGUGGAAGUACAUCUGCUGCUACACAACCAAGUGGAAGUACAUCUGCAGCAACACAGCCAAGUGGUAGUACAUCUGCUACUACACAACCCACUGGAAGCACAUCUGCACCUACACAACCAAGCGAAAGUACAUCUGCAGCUACACAGUCAAGUGAAAGUACAACUGCUGCAACGCAACCCAGUGUAAGUACAUCUGCACCUACACUACCAAGUGGAAGUACAUCUGCUGUUACACAGCCAAGCCGCAGUACAUCUGCACCUACACAGUCAACUAUAAGUACUUCCGCAACAACACAACCAAGUGGAAGUACAUCAGUUACAUCUGCUGCUACACAACCCAGUCAAAGCACAUCAAGUGGUAGUACAUCUGCUUCUACACAACCAAGCGUUAGUACAUUUGUACCUACAUUGCCAUCCGUAAGUACCUCUGCUGCUACACAAUCAAGUGCAAGUACAUCUGCUGCUACACAGCCAAGCGAAAGAACAUCUGCCGCUACACAACCAAGUGCUAGUACAUCUGCGGCUACACAAACUAGUGGAAGUACAUCUGCAGCAACACAGCUGAGUGGAAGUACAUCUUCUGCUACACCACCUACUGAAAGUACAUCUGCCGCUACACAACCAAGCGCUAGUACAUCUGCUGCUACACAACCAAGCGUUAGUACGUUUGUACCUACACUGCCCACCGGAAGUACUUCUGCUGCUACACAACCUAGUGAAAGUUCAACUGCUGUUACACAACCCUCUAGAAGUACACCUACUGCUACACAACCAAGUAGCAGUACAUCUGCUGCUACACAAACCAGCGGAAGUACAUCUGCAGCAACACAGCCAAGUGGCAGUACAUCUGCUGCUACACAACCCACAGAAAGCACAUCGUCACCUACACAACCAAGCGGAAGUACAUCUGCAGCUACACAGCCAAGUGUUAGUACAUCUGCAUCAACCCAACCAAGUGUAAGUACAUCUGCUGCAACGCAACCCAGCGGAAGUACAUCUGUGGCGACACAACCCAGUGUAAGUACAUCUGCGGCCACAGAACCCAGUGGAAUGACCUCUGCUGUUACACAACCCAGUAGCAGUUCAACUGCACCUACACAGUCAACUAGAAGUACUUCUGCAACAACACAAUCAAGCGGAAGUACAUCUUCCGCUACACAACCAAGUGGAAGUACAUCCGCUACUACACAACCAAGUGCUAGUACAUCUGGUGCUACACAACAAAGCGUUAGUACGUUUGUACCUACACUGCCCACUGGAAGUACCUCUGCUGCUACACAACCAAGUGCAAGUACAUCUGCCGCUACACAACCAAGUGGAAGUACAUCUGCUACUACACAACCAAGUGCUAGUUCAUCUGCUGCUACACAACAAAGCGUUAGUACUUAUGUACCUACACUGCCCACUGAAAGUACCUCUGCUGCUACACAACCUAGUGGAAGUACAUCUGCUGCUACACAACCCAGUGGAAGUACAUCUGCAGCAACACAGUCAAGUCGCAGUACAUCUGCUGCUACACAACCCACUGAAAGCACAUCUGCACCAACACAACCAAGUGGGAGUACAUCUGCGGCGACACAACCCAGUGUAAGUACAUCUGCACCUACACUACCAAGUGGAAGUACAUCUGCUGUUACACAACCCAGUAGCAGUACAUCUGCACCUACUCAGUCAACUAUAAGUACUUCAGCAGCAACACAACAGAGCGGAAGUACAUCAGCAGCUACACAGCCAAGUGGUAGUACAUCUGCUGCUACACAACCAACUGUAAGUACAUUUGUACCUACAAUGCCAACUGGAAGUACCUCUGCUGUUACACAACCUAGUGGAAGUACAUCUGCUGCUACACAACCAAGUAGCAGUACAUCUGCGGCAACUCAACCCAGUGAAAGUACAUCUGCAACAACACAGCCAAGUGUAGGUUCAUCAACGGUAACACAGCCAAGCGGAAGUACAUCUGCUGCUACACAGCCAAGUGCGGGUUCAUCGGCAUCUACACAAUCAAGUAGCAGUACGGUCACAUCUACACAACAAAGCACUUCGAGACCUUCAAGUGUAGUGUCCGAAACACAAACAACUGCUAGACCAAAAACUGGAUCUACUGCUGGAUUUUCUACACCUUCUGAAACCGCUCAGCCUACCACGUUAACAACUGGUACACCAAUACCCUCAACUACUUUCCCAACGACAAGUACAGAAAUAAUGACUCAACACACAACAACAACCGUUGGACCACCAUCAACUCAUAUCGAAACAGUUACUAUGACACCAUUGCCACCAUUGCCAACAACUACGGAGUGCGACCACAGCAAACCACUUGGAUACACAAGUCCAUAUAUAGAGGUCCAGGCAACUGACAGUGCAGAUAAUACAAUACCUAGAGACUCGUUAAAUGGGUCACCUUCUUUCUGGUCGCCACAGUCAGAUAAAAGCACCGUUGUCUUUAAAGUUAAAAGUUUGGAUGACACUGCUAAAUUCUUUGACGUAACAUUCAGGACAGAAAAUGUCAAAUCAGUAGUUGUCUCUGUUAUAGAUGCAAGUGGAAACAUUCAAGACACAAAAUCCGUGAACACAAAAAACCCAAAUGAAGAAAUUCCGUUUAAUGUAAAGUUCUAUGGUAAAGAAGGUGCAAUGUUAUCCGUUGACGUUACAAAAUUUGUUAUUGGACAACCGGCCAAGUUCUAUGAAUUUACUGUUGAAGCUUGUUUCCAUCCAGGCUUUGAGACAACAACAGCGCCCUCACUUAUCACAGAAACUACAACGAAGACCAUAACAUCACCAAAGCCAACAACUGUAGUAUCAACCACAACAGAGUGUAUGAAGACCACUCUAAAUGAACUUACUCCAGAAUUAAUGACUGUAAAUACCGAUGAUUCUGCAAAUGGAUUUAACCCAGAAGACAUACUGUCAUCCACUGGAUGGAUUGCUGGUAGUAGAAACCCUGUAGUUGUUUUGACAUUGAAUGACGAUGACGACAGUCCAAAGGUUUACAAAGUUAGCAUGACUGUCACUAAUGUACGAAGGAUAGAAGCUGAAAUAAAGAAUGUAGAAGGAGUAUCAGUAGCAACUGUAACUCAAAAUCCAAAAUCUACUAACGAAGAACCAGUUGUUAUAGCUUUCAAUGGUGAUAUCGGUACAGAAAUUGUUAUAAAACUUCUGUCGCCACUUAGGGGAGAACCACCUAUAGUGUCCGAUACAGAAGUUAAGGCUUGUAUUCACCCAAAAGCCCAAGCAUCACUGGCAGACAAAAAUAUCGUUAAUUUAACAACCCAAGCAUCAUUGGCAGACAAAAGUAUCGAUAAUAUAACAGCCCAAGCAUCACCGACAGACGAAAAUAUCGAUAAUAAAACAGCCCAAGCAUCACUGUCAGACGAAAAUAUCGAUAAUAUAACAACCCAAGCAUUAAUGGCAGACGAAAAUAUCGAUAAUAUAACAGCCCAAGCAUCACCGACAGACGAAAAUAUCGAUAAUAUAACAGCCCAAGCAUCACUGGCAGACGUAAAUAUCGAUACUUUAACAGCCCAAGCAUCACUGGCAGACGAAAAUAUCGACAAUAUAACAACCCAAGCAUCACUGGCAGACGAAAAUAUCGAGAUUACAACUGUUAUCACACAGACGCCAGGAUCAACAACUUUGGUGUCGACAACAACAGAAUGUUUGAAGACUGCUUUGGACGAACUUACCCCAGAAAUGUUAACAGUAAAUACUGAUGAUUCGGCAAAUGGAUUUAACCCAGAAGACAUACUGUCAUCCACUGCAUGGAUUGCUGGUAGUAGAAACCCUGUAGUUGUUUUGACAUUGAAUGACGAUGACGACAGUCCAAAGAUUUAUCAAGUUAGCAUGACUGUCACUAAUGUACGAAGGAUAGAAGCUGAAUUAAAGAAUGCAGAAGGACUAUCAGUGACUACUGUGACGAAAAAUCCAGAAUCAACCGGAGAAGAACCAGUUGUUUUAACGUUCAAUGGUGUUAUAGGUACAGAAAUUGUAAUAAAACUUUUGUCACCACUAAGGGGAGAACCACCUAUUGUGUCUGAUACAGAAGUUGUUGCAUGUAUUCAUCCAAAAGAGAUUACAACAGUCAUCCUGCCUACUACAUCAACAACAACUUUGGUAUCAACAACGACAGGUAUGUUACAGUAA